AGAGCGGGCGGUAGCUGGUACAACCCUCCGAGCUGCAGCAGUCCCAACCACCAGGUACACUAGCGUCCUCUCUGUCAACACUACGAGCGCCGCAGCCGAACUAGCUUCAUCUUUACAGCAAACCGGCACCGACCCGGAGCCAUGGAGGUCGAAACCGACAAGGUGGAGCCCGCGGACAGCGAGCAGGACGACGAGGAAGACGUGUACGAAGUGGAGAGGAUCAUUGACAUGCGGGUGGAAGAGGGUGAGGUGCUCUACAGAGUCCGAUGGAAGAAUUACUGCUCUGACGAUGACACUUGGGAGCCAGAGGCCCAUUUAGAGGACUGUCGAGAAGUCCUCCUGGCCUUUAAGAAGUCAGUGGCUGAAGCUAAGGCCAAGAAAGAGGCAGAAGCUAAGAAGGCUGUGGCAAGUAAGUUGCUACCUGUGAAAAGCGAUGUGUUUGAUGCCGACUCUGAGAGCGACAGCGACAAAGACCGGCCUACUGACUCGCCCAUCAGGAAGAAGAAAAAGAAGAAAGUCCGUGAAGAAGCAGAAUCACCUCCUAAGGAGAAACAGAAAAAGAAGAAGAAAGAGAAACGCAAGGAGGAGUUAAGACCCCUGCCGGCACCAGAAACAGAUGAAGAAGAGGAGACAGUCCCGACUCCACCAUCUCCUCCUAAAGAGAAAAAGACUGAAUCAAAAAAGCGCGUUGUUGAUUCUGAGGACGAGGAUGAUGAGCCUGUUCCCUCCAAAAAACACAAGAAGGAAAAGGGAAACGAGGCCAGAAAGCACAAGAAAGAAAAAGCAGAGGAGGGGAAGAAGAAAAAAGGGAAAAAGGACCGUAAGCUUGAAGCCUCUGAAGACGAGACCACAGCUCCACUGGAGGACGACGUGAGCGAAGGGCUGUCAGAGUCCCAAAUGGAUGAUUCUGCAUCAACCGAAACUGUAACGAAAUCUGCAGAAAAGCCAGGUUUGGACGACAAGGCGAAACAGAAGAAGGGAAAGUGGGAAGUAAAGCUGCAGGGCAUUAAGGACCUUAUUCAUGACAAAAAGAGCAAAAAGACAGAUGGCUCCCAGAAAGAAAACAGCCUCCAAAAAACAAAGAGCCAUGCCUCUAAAAGCAAAGAGGACACUGCUCCACAAUCGGACUCCAGUGAUAGCUCCACCCUACAUAAGAAAGCUAAAAGCAAAGGGCAAGAGAGCAUGUCAGUGCCACCUAAAGUCCCAUCUUCCUCCACGUCCUCGUUGUCGUCUUCGUCCUCUGUCGCAGCUGCUACCACCACAAAGGGAAAGGAGGAGGAGGCGCCUAAAGAGGAGGUAUUAGGACCGAAGGAUGCCACAGGUUCAACUAAUCUGUUUGAAAAGUUCCUCUUAAACUGCGAAGCAAAAGAUCGUGCCCCCCGCAGGCAGGCAGCAACUCAUCAACCUGUUGUAGAAAAGAUCAGCACCAAACCCACAAAGGUACCAGGAAAGAUUGAGAAGGUUCCCAAGUCGGCCAAAGAAUCUCCAGUUCAGAAAGCAGAGCCUGAGAAGGCGGAGAGGAGUAAGCAGUCAGAUGCUCCCAGACCUGGCCAGAGUUAUGGCUUCAGCCUGGACAACGAUGAGAAGGAGGAGGAAUCCACAGGAAGACCGAGGCCUGGUGAAGAUUCCCGGGAGCGGAGGGAGAAACCAGAGGAGGCUCAGCGGCCCGGCUGGGAGAGGAAAACCCAGGCUGAUGACAGGAGGAAGAGGAGGGAUGACAGUGAGCCAAGACUCUUCAUAGCGUGUGAUGACACCCCAGACCCACCAGAGGGCGCAGACAAACCUGACAAGGGUCAAGCCACUCUGAGUCUAGGAAUGGACCUCAACUUGGACUGGAUGACUCUGGACGACUUCCAGAAACAUCUGAAUGGAGAGGAUGAGAUCUUGUCCGGUCCACCAUUGUCACCAAGUGAGUUGCGAGAUGCUGUGAAAAGUGGAGAUUACAUGGCUGUAAAACUGGCACUUAAUUCUAAAGAGGACUACAAUCUGGACCAAGAGGCCUAUACUUUUGGUGAGAAGAGGUCAUUUGAAGGAGAGAGGAACUUGAUUGAAGAGAGAAGUUCGAGUGGUGCUCUUAGGUUGACUUCUAACAUUGACAUUGCAAGGAAUGAAGAGGGCACUCCAAAAGCAAAAGAGAAUAUCUCACAAGAUUGGAAUGGUCCAAUAAAUAACUGCCUUACCAGUACAAACACUGAGCAAGUGACCGUGAGGGAACAUGACAGUUUCCAACAAGGUGGAAAUGAUAUAACUGACUACAAUAAUGCAGCUUUUGGUUCAGUUACCGAGUGGCAAAGUCAAGGACAGGAAGAGGAGAAGGAACUAGAGGAAGACGACUCAAUUGGUGGCUUAUCAAGUGAAAUGAAUGUCAACAAUGAUAAGGAAGUAAUGACAAGUGAUGAGGGGGAGGAUGCGGUGGCAGGUAACUCGGAUAGCACAGAUCAAGUCCUGUCCAAGUCGGGCACCAAAGAGACGGUUAAAAUGCAAUUACGCCGUCGCAGGAAAACUUCUGAGAAGAGACAACCAACACGAUCAAGUCUGAGGAACUGUAAGAAAGUGGUGGAAACAACACCUAGCACAGAAAAAGAAGAGAAGAAAGAGUCGAGCAAAAAGCAUUUCUGUUUGUAUUGCAGAAUGGCUUUUACGCAACUUGCAAAGCAUUUGGAAAGAAAACAUGCAGAGGAAACAGAUGUUGCUCAUGCAAUACACUUUCCCAAAGGUUCUAAAGUCAGGCAGACGUUGCUUGACCAAAUUCGCAAUAAAGGAGAUUAUGAACAUAAUUGCCAAGUUAUUAAAAGUGGUGAGGGGGAAAUUGUGACCAAGAAACAGGCAAAGAAACCCACCAUAUCAGUUCGAGACUUUCUGCCUUGCCAGCACUGUUUUGCAUUCUACCGCAAGACUGACUUAUGGAGACAUGAACGAUCAUGUAAGGCCAGAAAGGGAGAUCAGAAAUCCUCUGAAAGCACAAAAAGAACCAGAGGUCACAGUGCUGCCUCCCGGCUGCUUCCAAUGUCAGAGUUUUUAACUGGAGGCUGCGAAGAAAUCAUCCACAUAAUGCAUCAAGACGACAUCUCAAGGCAUAUCAGAAACGACCCACUUAUUUGUAAAUAUGGCAAUGCCUUGUCUGUCAAGUAUGAACAUGACAAGUCUCAGUUUGCUUAUAUUGCGCAAAAGAUGAGGGAACUGGGCCGAUUUGUGCUGGCUGUAAAUGAGCUUGACAAAAGUGUUAAGUUCUUGCAUGAAAUAUGUCUACCAUCCAAAUUUGAAUUAGCUGUUGAGGGGGUUAAAAAAGUUAGCGGGUUUGACCCAAGUUCCAGUAAGUUUAAAACUAUUUCCCUUGUCUCAAAGAUUGGCUAUUCUCUAAAACGAGCUGCAGAGAUAGCUUUCGGGGAAAGCCGCAUGACAGAAGACAGUGAAACAGAAAGUGAAGUCAAAAAGUUCAUACAGCUUCUUGACACAAAAUGGAGUGAGUGUUUUUCUCGCAAAGCGCUUGCCUUAUCUUUAAAGCAAGAAGUCAAGAAAGUGGAAGUAGACAAAUCAACUGUGACAGAAGAUUUGAUAAAACUCCACAGGUUUAUCACCGGGGAGGGAGAUGAAGCCAGGAAGGAACUGAAAGAAAGUCCUAGUUUGUCAACAUGGAAAAAGCUUAGCGAAGCCACUUUAGCAGAUGUGUGUCUGUUUAACAGGGGAAGGGUAGGAAAUAUUGGUAGACUACUCUUGCAAACUUACACUCACAAAAAGAGUGGGGGAACAUUUUUGCCCUCUGCAGAUCAAGUAAGGAAAAGCACAAAACUGGAGUUGGACCUUGGUUCCAAUUUUACCAGGUUGGAACUAGAAGGUCAGUAUGGAAGGAACAUGCUGGUUCUACUAACAGAAAGAAUGGUCUUGUCAAUCAACUUGCUUAUUGAAAACAGGGAGCAAGCAGGUGUGUCAAAAACGAACCCAUACCUGUUUGCACGCACUGAAGGCCCAUCCUUCAUCAGAGGAUUGGAUUGUUUCCGAAGGGCUGCGAUGGAAUGUGGAGUUAAAAACCCUGAAGCACUUCUGUCCUCUUCAUUAAGAGAGCAAAUUGCAAGCUGCUGGCAGCUAAUGAGCCUCAGUGAAAGCGAAUUGGAUCAAGUGGCCACACUAGUGGGAAGGAGCAGCCAAGAGUGUUACAAGCUCUCAAAAAAUGCUUCCCAGCUGGAGGAAGUGAGCAAACAGCUGCUGAAGAUGGAUCGAACACUGCCAUCAGUUCCACCUAGCACUGCCACAGACGGAACUGUGCAAAAGCCUGCUUUAAAGAGAAGACCUUGGAGUGAGAAGGAGCAGACUGCUGUGAAGCGUUACUUGAAUGAUUUUAUCACAAGGAUGAAGGUGCCAGGCAAAAAGGAGUGCAAUGCUUGCAUAGCUGCUGAACCAGAUCUUGGAGGAAGAUCUUGGACAGAUGUCAAAAACUACGUACACAACACACUACAGACAGUACGCAGGAGAAAUAACCAGCAUAAGCCUGAGGGAAACGUGAAAGCUUUAAAUCCAAAGAGUCCAAAAGCUGAAGUCCAAAUCACAAAGACAGAUUUGGAGGACACAAACGUAAUGUGUAAUAUGACAACAGUGCAUCCAGAUCAUCUGAGAGAAAGUUCAAAUUGUUGUAUGACAAUGCCGCCGCCGACCAACUUGAGAGACUCAUUACCUUUCACCCAAGAAUUGACUUCAAGUUACGCAUCAUUGUGUUCCACUAGUGCAAAUAUGGUCCAUACAAGUCAGCCAUUGAUUUCUACUUUCACAGCGUUGAAUGCAACUGACACUCAAGUGGUUCCUACGUUUACUCCACACAACACUACAAACGCACUAAUGCCUCCUCCAUACACAUCAGAAAACAACAGAAUUCUUCCAAUGUCUUCUUUGUAUACACAGAACGCCACAAGUAUGCCACCCCCUUCUGUGUAUGCCCCACAGGACAUCACAAGUUCUCCAUUGAUUCCUUCUUUUACCCCCCUUAAUUCUCCAAGUACCUCAAUGAUUCCUACAUACACGCAGUUAAAUACUGCAAGUGCACCAAUGAUCCCUGCAUUCUCAACACUAAAUGACACAAGUCGGUCUAUUAUUUCUUCAUUCACACCUCUGAACCAUUCAAAUGCACCACCUUACCCCACAAGCCCGCCCCAGGUUCUUACAACAGCACAGGUUGUCCCCACAAUCCAUGGACCCGGUGUUUCGGACAUGACAGCAGUGGGACAGGAAAGUACGCCCAUGUCUUCUGCAGGAAGACAAGCCACUCCAGCUCCCAAGCCUCAAAAGAGAAAUAAGAGGUUGUGGAGUGAGGAGGAACAGGCGGCAGUAAGGCGUCAGCUUGGAGACUUCUGUAAACUGGUGAAAAUACCAGGCAAAAAGGAUUGUGAUGCAUGUUUAGCUGCUGAACCUGCCCUCAGCAGCAGAACGUGGAGGGAGGUCAAAUAUUUUGUACAUAACUCAAUUCAAUCACUGAAAAGAAGAGGUCAUGUAGUUGCCUCCAAGCAAACUGCAGAACCGGAACCGGAGCCUCAUAAUUCAAACACUGAAUGGGACGGUCCAGUGUAUCUGUCCCUGUAAAUAUUUAAAAUGGACAUGUAAGAACAUAAGUGAUCUGUGAAUUGUCAGGUUUCUGUGUAUGAAGGGCUGUGGCUUUAACAUUAAAUUGUAUCAGGCUUAAGUUCAACAGAUGUGAAUACUUGUAAAAUGUACUGUUAGCAAAACUUGGCCUCAGCAGCCAUGUGGGUCUUGACAUUUACAAACAGCCCUGCCAUUCUUCAAUUUAAACAUCUCCAAAGAUCCUUAAGUAUUAAGGAUCAAGUCCAAUGGACCAAGUUAGUGGUUGCAUAAUUAAACACUAAAUGGGUGAAGUUGAGGACAAUUUGUACUGUAGCUCAGAAAGGGCACCUUUUAAUUUUAGUAUGGUUAGAUUGCAUAUAUGUGUGAAACACAGUCAAGUAUGUAACACUGUCAGCUUGCCCAGUCAUCACAGAUUAUCUUCCAGAAGUGCUCUAACUGAGAUGUAAACUUCAUUUCACCAGGAUUCAUAACUUUUCUCCAGUCACUGACUGUGCAAAGUAGUCGCCGUGUCACCCAAACAAGCUUUCACAGUGAUGAACCCGACGACUAUUUUCUUUGGGACUUUCCUUAUCGACACUAAAUGGGGAAAUUCUCACCCUUUUUCUGAGCAAAAAUAGUCUGAGUGACUGUCCAUUUGCAUAUUUUUAUUAUUCUUUACGUUGAAACACACUUAUACAUCUGUCUUUCUGCCUGUACGAUUUUUAGUAGCAUUUUUUUGAUUUUUGAUGAUCAGAAAAGAAUAGAAAACGUACCAGCAAAUGUUUGCAGUCGAUCCCUCCAAAAUGAUAGAUGCAAGUUGACUUGUUUUGCAUCAUUCCUGAAUGCCUAGCUCAAGUGUUCUAUAUUCUUGCUUUAGCCAGUAGCCUAUAUUGUAGAUAGCCUGCAGCAGUAAUGACAUACUUUCCUCGCUGAUGUUAGAGAAUUAGGAGCUAUGUGUAUACCUCUCACUGAAAUAUACAAAAAGGAUAUUUUUUUCUUUGAGGAUCCUGUUGAUAAUUGUCCAUUAUUAUCAUUUAUAUUUUUUUUAAGUAUUAACAAGCUAAACCCUAAAGGGUUGGUUGUAUUUUUGUAUCAUUAUACAGUAACUGUGUAGAGCAUUUAGUAUUAUAUUGUAUUAGAUAUACUCUAAUUUGAGGUAAAAUACACUACAGUGGUAUAAUUUGUAUUUCUUCAUUUUAAGUUUUUAUUAUCUGGAUGUUCGUGACAUGAAUAUCCACUUGCCAAGAUCAGAUUGCCUUAUUCUGUGCAAUUUAUACUUUAUUUCAGUUUUUCCUGAAUACAGUUGAUUGCAUCUAACACACAACAUAAGAAGUACGAUCUUGAUAGAAUUGUUGCCAGUAAAUCAAAACAUUUUUUACAUUUUUUUUUUUUUAUAAGUGGUAUUCCAAAAGAUAAUACAUUAAUCAAGAACUGAGUAUAGAUUGUUGAAAUCAUGAGUGUACCAGACAUUAGACAGUGGAUGAAAAGUUUAGUUUCCUAUCCUUGUGGAUAAGUUAGUAACUAAAUUCUUUUUUAGUAUUAUCACCUUUAACUAGAAAUGUUUACAUUAGUAAGCACAAGCAUACUCCACAUUUCAUUAUAAGCAGAACUUAAAGUUUGUACCUUCAUCAUGCAAACCUUGUUGAAGAUUUAUGAUUGAAUAGUGAAUACAGAUUCAACCUUUAUUUACCAACAGCAGACUGCUGGUCACAUGCUUGGCGACUGUAGUCUUUAUUAAACAAUGUUGUGACAUUUCAGUUCAAAGAUGGGUCGCCGCAGUAUUUCUUUCACAUGGGGUGAAGAUGAUCUACUGUCUGGUUCUUGGUUGAUGUCUUAAUGGGGACACAUGAAAAUUUAACAACAUGCAGAGUUCAGUUUUCAUUAUUUCAUAAUUUUCUUUGACCACAAAAGGAGAGGACGUUAUUGUCACAAGGUCUAGACAAACACUGCUGCUUUUUGUCACAGAUUGAAGCCUUUAUGUUAUUCUCAGUAGCAGCUGUAGUGAACCUGUGUAGUCACCAGUGUUCACCCUUUCAUACCAAAGUCAUUAGUGUCAGACAUGCAUAAAACCAUGACUGUGGAGAGUGUUGCAGAGCUGGGUCACACAGCUGACGUCAAUUCACUUCCACCCCACAGGCUUUUCCUGUGUUGUUGCUUUCAUAUUAAAGGAGUAUAUCUGUGUUGCAGUAGUUACAGAUACAAUUGUAUUUGGAAAAUUAAUCGAUGGAAUGAUGUUUGAUUGUUCAGACACUACCAUUGCUGUUUGGUGUUGCAAAGCAAUGAUUUUCCUGUUCUCCCUGCAUCGUAGAUAGAUAUUUUUCAUUGCUGUUAUAUGGGCACUCGUUGCGUGUUACUCCUCAUCCUGUAAUUAUGUUGCCUUCAAUUAAUGCUUCCUAUCAAGUAUUGUAAGGAAACUUAUAACUUCUGCUUGUACAAUAAAAUGCUUCUUGGCUAAAAA